GAUAAAAUUGCUCAACGUGAAAAUGCGCUUUGGAAGGACGCGAGUACUUCUCUGCACCAAACAGAUAUAAGAACGUUCAGUGUGCAGGCGUCGCGUAGUAGCGAAACCGCCAAAAAUGAUAGUACCCACCGCCGUCGCGACUUUGGUACUUUGGUGCAUGUGCUUAGGCGCUCGGAGCGACAAUCUUGAAAAAACGAUUAAGUCAUACGGGAAUUUGAUUUCGGAGCAUAGAGAGGCUGCAAAGCAAUGGGAAGUACCUACGGAUAAUCGGGAGUUCAAGCCCAGUGAUGACAGUCAGGAACCGAUAGAUUUUGGGACAUUCACCAUGAUUGUCGUUGGAUCAGGAUCAGCAGGAUCAGUGCUGGCUAGUCGGCUUUCUGAAGUGGAAGAUUGGAGAAUUCUUGUCAUUGAGGCAGGGAACUUUCCCAAUGACUUCACGGCCAUUACAAGAAUGGGGUACGAUGUCAACAUCCUCAGUGACUAUAACUGGGGGUACUACAGUGUUCCUCAGGAGACAUCCUGCCAAGGAUUCAAAGGGUCAGUGUGUCCGCACCCACGUGGUAAGGGCGUAGGGGGAACAGCCCUUCUGAACGCUCUGAUCUACGUCCGUGGCAAUCGCCACGACUAUGAAAGGUGGUGCGAGAUGGGGAACCCCGGAUGGUGCUAUGAAGACGUGUUGCCAUAUUUCCUCAAUAGCGAAGAUUACUAUCACAACUAUCCCGAAGCUCCAGUCGAUCCUGAAUACCAUAGUUCUGGAGGUCUCUUAAGAGUUGAAUACCCCCUACCAAUUUCUACCCAUACAGAUGUAUUUUUGGAAGCUAAUCAAGAAAUGGGAUAUAACCUCACUGACGUAAAUGGGGAGCAACAGAUCGGAGUUACGCAAUUUCAGGUAAACAUUAAGGACGGUAGAAGACAAGACAGUGGCACAGCCUUUCUCAUGCCUUUUCUUGACAGGAAAAAUCUGACGGUGGUAACCAAGGCACUGGCCACCAAGAUUAUAAUUGAUGACGAUAAAGUAGCUCGUGGUGUUGAAUUCAGUCAUGGCGGAAGGCUAUACACUGCUAUGGCUGACAAAGAAAUCAUCGUUUGUGGCGGAACUAUCAAUACACCUCAGUUGCUCAUGCUGUCUGGAAUAGGGCCCAAAGAUCACUUACAAGAGCUUGGAAUCCCCGUGGUUCAAGAUCUAGCAGUCGGUAACCACUUCUCAGAUCACUUGAUGGUGUUCGGCUUAACCUGGACAAGCAAUAUCAGCGAACCAAUAGCAAAUCUUCGCAGAGACAUCGAGGACUAUCUCAACGGGACUGGAUACUUAGCAGAAGCCCUCAACUCUCAAGCUGUAGGCUACUACACCACCAAACUGGCCACAACACCUGGCUAUCCAGAUCUGGAAAUGAGCUUUGGGGACGGCAACUAUUCUGGAUACGCUUUGGGGAAAUUUCAAAAUUGGACAGAUGAUGUAAGUGAAGCUGUAAAUAACAACCAGUCGCCCACAUCUUUCCAGAUAUUUGUAACUCCUCUUCACACCAAGUCACUUGGGACUGUAAGAUUGAAAACUGGCUCGCCAUAUGAUUUCCCGCUUAUCAACCCGAACUCGCUGACAGAUCCUGCAGGUAGGGAUAAGCGACUCACUUAUGAAGGAAUCCAAAUGGCAUUCGAACUAGCUAGUCAACCAGCAUUCAAGAAGAUUGGAGCCAAAUUGUCUAUGAAACCUUUGAAACAAUGUAGUCACCAUACUUUUCUAUCGAAUAAGUAUUGGUACUGCGCGAUUCCUUAUAUCACAAUGCACAAUAACCAUCCAGUAUCAACGUGCAAAAUGGGUCCGGAUCCUGAGAAUGGCGAUGUGGUUGACCACAAUUUGAGGGUGCAUGGUGUGGAGAGACUGAGGGUAGCAGAUGCUAGUGUCAUACCUCUUUCAACCUCGAGUCACAUCAAUGCUAUAUGCUACAUGAUUGCGGAUAAACUAGCGGAUAUUCUUAAGGUAACCUAUGGAGUAUAAUAAAUAGCAAACGGUUUAAUAUAGUUGUUAUUUAUUUGUCUUAAAUAAAUUAAUUUAUUAGA